AUGGUGUUGAAAUCUACAUCCGCCAGUGAUAUAUCUGUGUAUCAGGUAUCGGGUACCAAUGUCGCUAGGUCUUUACCAGAUUGGAUUGCCAAGAAGCGUCGAAGAACAUUGAAAAAUGAUUUGGACUACCAAAAUCGUGUGGAAUUAAUACAGGACUUUGAGUUUAGUGAAGCAUCGAAUAAGAUUAAGGUUACGCCUGAUGGAGAGUUCGCCAUGGCUACAGGUACAUACAAACCUCAAAUUCAUGUGUACGACUUUGCCAAUCUUUCGUUGAAAUUUGAACGCCAUACCGAUGCUGAAAACGUUGAUUUUUUGAUCUUUUCCGAUGACUGGACAAAAAGCGUACAUUUGCAAAAUGAUAGGAGCAUACAAUUCCAGAACAAAGGCGGCUUACACUAUACGACACGGAUUCCAAAAUUUGGCAGAAGUCUAGCUUAUAAUAAAAUGAACUGCGAUUUAUACAUUGGGGCGAGCGGAGACGAAUUAUACAGACUAAAUUUGGAACAGGGACGAUUUUUGAACCCGUUCAAACUUGAAACGGAGGGCGUGAACCAUGUGUCAACGAAUGAUAUAAACGGGUUAAUUGCAAUAGGAAUGGAAGAUAGUAUUGUUGAAUUUUGGGAUCCAAGAGCACGUUCUCGCGUAUCUAAACUAUACCUAGAGAAUCAGUUUGACAACUCGCCAUUUCAGGUCACGACAACCAGCUUCCGAAAUGACGGCUUAAACUUUGCUUGUGGUACUUCAAAUGGCUACUCAUACCUAUACGAUUUGCGGUCUCCAGAGCCGUCGAUUGUGAAGGAUCAAGGUUAUGGCUUCGAGGUCAAGAAAAUAAUAUGGCUGGACAAUCUCGGCACAGAGCACAAAAUAAUGACAUGCGACAAAAGAAUUGCGAAAAUAUGGGAUAGAAUAGAUGGGAAAGCUUAUGCGUCGAUGGAACCGAACGUCGAUAUAAAUGACAUAGAGCAUGUCCCAGGAACGGGUAUGUUCUUUAUGGCCAACGAGGGUAUACCGAUGCAUACAUACUACAUUCCAAACCUUGGUCCUUCUCCACGCUGGUGCUCCUUCUUAGAUUCGAUUACUGAAGAGCUAGAAGAAAAACCAAGCGACUCAGUUUACUCGAAUUACAGGUUCAUUACCAAGGACGACUUGCGAAAAUUGAAUUUGAACCAUCUGGUGGGCUCCAACGUGCUCAGGGCCUAUAUGCACGGGUUCUUCAUCAACAGUGAAUUGUACGAUAAAGUUGCUCUUAUCGCUAACCCAACCGCCUACCAAGAUGAGAAGGAGCGUGAAAUUCGUCGUAGGAUUGAGAAAGAAAGAGAAUCUAGAAUCAGAACAUCUGGCGCUGUCAAGAAAACCAAAAUCAAGAUCAAUAAAUCGCUGGCCGACAGAAUCUCUCAAAAGCGUGGUGAUUCCGCCGCUGAAAAAGUGCUCACUGAUGAUCGUUUCAAGGAAAUGUUUAAAGAUGAAGAGUUCCAAGUUGAUGAAGAUGCAUAUGAUUACAAGCAAUUGAACCCGGUGAAGUCCGCCAGAGAAACGGAGGAAGGUGCGGCCAAACGUAUCAGGGCCUUGACCGCUGCUGAAGAAUCUGACGAGGAGAGAAUUGCCGCUAAAGACGGUCGUCGUGUUGAUUCAUCUAGUGAAGAAGAGAACAGUGAGGAUGAAGAUGACAAUCAAGUUCUGAAUGAAAAGGAAGAAAAAAGGAGACAGAAACAAUUGAAAGCAAUCGAGCGCAAGAAGAAGGAGAGACGUGAUGAGCAGCAAUUCAUGAACGAGAUGAAGGUAGGUUCAAUAGUGAUAAACGACGUAGACACCAGUAAAGUUACUUUUGAUCAACAAGUGCGUCAAAUGCUCGACAGCGAGAAAGGAAAGAAAUCGAGCGAUGAGAUUUUGCGCCGCUCACACCUCGGUGAAGCUGAGCUGACAUUUGUGCCUAGCAAAUCUUCCCAGAACAAGCCAAAGAGGAAGGCAGAAAUAGCUGAUGAAAAUGAAACUGACCGAGAGGGAACCAGAGAUCGUGGCAGAACGAAACCAAGAUUUGAGGGCAGGAGGCGUGCAAGUAAGAACGUAUUCCGUGGUAUGUGA